GUCGCAAGCAUUUUUCCAUAAUAAAAUUCACAUUUUGCAGUUAUUUAGGAUAAGGAGGUAAUUUCGAUCAUUUAAUUGGGAUCUCCUGUCACUGGAGAGUCGUUGCAGGUAUUGCAAUUGAAAAAUUCGCUCUCGAAAGAGCUGAAAAUGCGACUGAAUUAGGCGCACGGUUGAGGCAUAUCAUUAAAGGUUAUUGGAAACCAUCUGAAUAUAAAUCCGUGGCUUCAACAAGACCACCUGAUGAAGUUACGAAGGAGAAGAUGAUUGUAUUAAAAGACAAACAUGCCGAUGAAAUACUUAACAUAAAGGACGAAGCACAUUCGCAAUGUCUGACAUUGAAGACCUUAUCGAAGAUGACAAUAGAGGUGGAGAGGAAAGCAGUAGUGAAAAUUCUGAGGAUGAAGGAGAUUUUAUCGAUGAUGAUAAUAAUGAAGAUAAUGAUGACAAUCAAGAGGUAUUUGGGGAUGACGAGAAUUUGUCUGAAGAAGAUGACUUCGAAGAAGAAGAACAAGAUGCAAUUGAAGUAGAAAUAAAUGAUAUCAAUGCACAACAUGCAAUUCCGAUUGAUGUCGAUGAUAAUGAAGAAGAAAAUGUACAAGAUACGCUAUUUACCGGAAUUAAUGCUUUAGGCAUGCGGGUACCGUUACGAGGUAAUGCAAAUUUACGUGCAAUUGAUCAUCUCUUAGUAACAUUAGCCCGAGCAAUACGACACAACUCAACAUACGAACAUUUGCUUGAUGACCUGAAGUGGAUAAAAAAAUCUUAUAGGUAUAUUAACAUGCCAACCACAAAGAAAGCCUUGUGGAGAGUACUAGGCCGAAACAAAAAUAAUCUUAUUUAUCGGUUUUUCUGUGAAGAGUGCAAACAACUAUUAGGUGUGGGGCAAAUAGGACGGAGAUGUCGAUGCGGUAGAUGUGGUCCAGGACAAGAUAAAACAUUUGUUGCGACUUACAUACAGAUACUAUUGCGACCUCAGCUUAGUGAUCUAUUUAAAAUCCCAAAUAUGUCUGAAUCGUUACGGUACAAGCACAAUAGGAUCAAAAUAAAUCCCGAUGCCAUAGAGGACAUUUACGAUGGUGAAAUGUACAAGCAAUUAAGCGAGCCUGGCAAUUUUUUAAGUAAUCCCCACAACUGUUCUCUGACUUUAUGGACCGAUGGCCUAAAGUUAACUGAAUCAUCUCGUGCCACAACAUACCCUGUUGUUCUUCAAGUAAACGAAUUAUCACCUCAUGCUCGUAAGAAACAUUUGCUUUUAGCAGGUAUUUGGGUUGCAAAUGAACACCCUGUCAUGAAUGCAAUUAUCGGACCAGUAAGAGAUGAAUUAAUUGAUUUGUACAGAAAUGGCAUCCGUUGGAGUCCUAAUGGUGGAGAUGAAGUAAUCAGUAGAUUCAUAGUUACUACCUUCACAGCGGAUUCGUUAGCAAGGCCGGAAGUGUUGCGGAUGAAAAGGUUCAAUGGAACAUAUGGAUGUGUAAUGUGUCUUCUUCUUGGUGAAAGAGUGAUCAAUACAUGGAUUUAUCCAGCUUUACCAUUUGUGGAACGUACAGAUGCUUCCAUAAGAGCUGAUGGGUUGACUGCUAAUGAAGCAAGACCAAGACGAUAUGUUAAUGGAGUGAAAGGCGUGUCGGCAUUAGCUACGCUUCCUGAAUUCAACAUGAGAGAUGGUGUCGUUGUUGAUGGUGCCCACAAUGUUUAUCUUGGUGUAGCCAAAAGAUUGGUUCAGAGAUACUUAAAUGAUGCAGGUCAACCUUGGUACAUAGGAGCUCCAAACCAACUAACUUCUAUAGAUGAAAGAUUACUGACGAUUAAACCACCUACAAGGAUUUCUCGACAGCCGCGAAGUAUAGUUGUCUACAAAACGUGGAAGGCAUCAGAAUGGAGAAAUUGGCUCCUAUAUUAUGCACUACCAUGUCUGGAUGGGCUUUUAGAGCAGCCGUAUUACAAUCACUUGGCAAUGUUGUGUCAAGCUGCAUACAUUCUUAAUUCUGCUUCCAUCACUGAAGCCAAUCUCAACACUGCGGAUAAUUUGAUUGAAAGAUUCGUGCACGAUUACCAGAGGCACUAUGGCUUAGUGAAUAUGGUAUACAACGUGCAUCUUUUGCGGCAUCUUGUACGCUCAGUACGAAAGUGGGGUCCUAUAUGGGUCUAUUCGGCUUUACCAUUUGAGUCGUUGAACAAAAAAAUUACAGAUUAUGUAACAAGUCCGUAUGGUAGAGCAGAUCAAAUAGUUACACGAUUUUUCAUGAAGAAAUUUGUAAAUGUUGCGACAAGACUGGUACAAGUUUCUGAAGAUGCAAGAGAAGAAAUGCGUCGCUUACUCAAAAUAAAAAAUGAACAUGUUCAAGGAAUGCCAGAAGGGCACUAUUUUCUUGGAGAAGGGCGGCAAGUUAUUCUACAUCCUCUAGAAGAUGAAAUUAAUCUUCUCAGGCUAGCUGGACACGCAAUUGAUCGUGAAACGGAUAUCACACUGUUUAGAAGAGCUGUCAUCCAUGGAGCAGAAUAUCGAGUUCGGGAUAAUAUUAGAAGAAAGUUUUGCAAUUACAUUGCUUUUACUGAAGAAUCAAACUUUUAUGAAAUCCAAUCAAUUUUGACGUAUACGCAUCAAGGUGUAACAGUGUCAGGAAUUAUUGGUCAACGUUUCCAAAACAACGGCAUUGCAUACAGGACUCCUCACAUGCAACGAGUUGUGCGCCUAGAAGAGAGAGAGUUUGUCAUGUUCGAGAGAAUAAUAAGCCCAGGGUUUUUUAUUCCACACACAAAUGAGCUGGUAGCUGUUUCUCUAUCUAACGUUUGGGAGACAGAUUAAAAAUGCACACAAAUAUCCAAAACUCACGCACACACUGCAUUAUUAAAAACGAUCCAAAACUAAUACAACGAUCUUGUGAGUUAAUAAUAAAUUUAUUUCAACCAAAUACAACGACAACAUUUACCAUCGAGAAUAACCUAAGAUGAUUUACUACUGGACGUUAACUUUAAUUGGAAUACGAUAUCGCCAGAAAUUUCUAAGGAAUUACAGCAAAUUAUUUAAACCGAAUUGAAAGGAGGCUAAAAAUUUAAAAAAAUUCCCCUUUUUUACGAAUAUUUCCCCUUUUUCCCCUUUUAUUCACUCAUUUCCCCUAUUUUAUGUUGAAACUCUAAUAUUAUUUAAUAAAAGUCCAAAUUUGAACCAAAAUAUUACAAGCCUCGGAUUGGAAAUUUUUUUUCAUCAGAAAAAUUAUUAAAAUUUUUUUUUUAAAUUU